AGGAAUCUUCCUGUUUUGGAAGGACCUCGGAAAACACGCGUUAAAAAGGACGGGCUUCCCCUCAUCUGGGGGUUCUCGUCGAAAAUCCCGAUAACUCUCUCUUUUAUCAAGGCAAUUGCAGACAACAACUCGCCAAGAUGGCCACCCAGACGCAACGACCAGAGGGAGAGGUAUUGCCUGCUAACCAGACGCAGCAGCCAGAGGGAGAGGUAUUGCCUACCGACCAGACGCAGCAGCCUGAGGGAGAGGCAUUGCCUGCCGACGAGACGCAGCAACCAGAGGAAGAGGAUCCUUGGAACGAUGAUGGUGUUUCCGUCGGCGACUCCUCGGAAGACGGGUCAUUGGCUUCUCUUAGAUCCAGUAUCAUUGAUUACCGCCGAGAGAACGGACGGACGUAUCACCGGCUCAAAGAAGGAAAAUAUGUGAUGCCAAAUGACGAGAGAGAGCAGGAUCGGUUGGAUUUGGCGCAUAACCUUUGGUUGGCGACUUGGGACAACAAGCUUUGCAACUGUCCUAAGGUCAACGGUGCCAAACGAGUUCUGGAUGUCGGUACUGGUACAGGCAUUUGGGCUAUGGAAUAUGCGGAUGAACACCCCGAAGCAACAGUUAUCGGAGUGGACCUGAGUCCAAUUCAACCCGGAUUUGUAGCCCCCAAUUGCAGCUUUGAAAUCGACGAUCUUGAGGAAGACUGGACUUGGUCGCGGCCAUUUGACUUCAUAUUCAUCAGGUCAAUGAUCGCAAGUUUCAGCAGCUGGCCGGACAUGAUUACCAAAGCUUACGAACAUCUCGAACCAGGUGGCUACGUCGAACUGCAUGAUAACAAGUUUCCACUUAAAUGCCAAGGCGGCCCAAUGCCAGAUGACUAUGCACCCAAUAAGUGGACUAAGCUGCUUGUUGAAGGGUGCAGUAAAGCCGGGCGACCAAGCAAUUUGGCUGACAGCUUCAAGCAAAUGCUUGAAGAUGCAGGUUUUGUUGACGUUGAGGAGCGGAAGGCCAUAUGGCCUUUCAACCCAUGGCCUAAGGACAAAAAGCUCCACCAUCUGGGUUUAUUGUGUCAGGCUAAUGCGUUCAUGGGAAUUGAGGGUGCAUCGAUGGCAAUCUUCACUCGUGUGCUUGGCUGGACCCCAGAAGAGACGACUGUGUUUUGUGCUGAAGUCAGAAAUGAGCACAGAAAGAUAGGAGUCCAGGCCUACUAUGAUGUAUACUCGGUAUGGGGCCGUAAGCCUGAGAAGGAUGCUGAGAAUGAUGAGGCGGAACAGCCCUGAGAGGGUGCGCUGAUGGCGGCCUUGCGCAGGACCAUGAAGCUCGUCCAGAAGUUUCUCACGCCAGAUGCGUCAUCGUUGAGAAGAGGCCAGGUGGAUUUACUAUUUCGAGUAUAAGGCGACUGCAUUUCGAGAUGCCAAACGUCUAUGACAAGUACACAGUAUUAGUUUCUGUUAUUAUUUUCGAAUACUUCCCAACGAGGCCUGAUGACUUGUUGAA